GUUUGAAGAUUGUGAAAACCGAUUGGAGACAAGAAGGAAAUGGAGCCGAAGAAACAAGCAGCGAUUAUUGGAGCCGGGAUCUCAGGUUUAGCGGCCAUUAAGUCCUGUUUGGAAGAGGGUUUGGAGCCUGUGUGUAUGGAACAGUUUGAUGAUGUCGGUGGGUUUUGGUGCCACACUGGAGAAUUUCAGGAUGGACAAGGCGCCAUGGCAUUUGACAACUUAACGACUAACACCCCUAAAGACAUGUUCUGCUACAGCGACUUCCCCUACGACAAUGACGUCCCGCCCUACCCCACGCGACCCUAUGUGCACGACUACCUCUAUCGUUACUGCGACAGGUUUCACCUCCGGAAGUACAUCCAUUUUAACACUAAAAUCCGGAACAUCCGGAAGUCUGAUGACUAUGAGGAAACGGGGAGAUGGGAGAUUGAGACAACCGAUGUUUCAGAGGUCGUACACAGGCAUGUCUAUGAUUUUGUUUUUGUCUGUUCGGGGUAUUGUUCUGAUGCAAAAUAUCCCAUUACCAACGGACUGGAAAAUUUUAAGGGAUUAACGGAACACUCAAAGACCUUCAAGGACGGAUCGAAGUAUGCCAACAAGCGAGUUUUGGUAAUUGGUACUGGGAAUUCAGCAGGAGAUCUGGCAGUGAUGGUUUCUCACGUAGCAAAACAGGUAUAUAUGACUGUGGGGAGAGGAACCUUCAUAGUGCCUCGGUUGUUGGAAGGAGGGGUCCCUUGGAGCUACGCGACACAGCGCAGGGCAUUCUUAAGAAAAAAGAACAAUUUUGCCAACAUGGUUCGCGCCACGGCUAAUUCCCGGAUAAAGCACGUUGCAACAGGGAUCAACCUUACCAAUUCCAUGAAGUCAACUUCGCUGAUAAUUAACGAUUUCUUGCAUAUACAAAUUGCCUGUGGUCGUGUGAAGAUCGUUGGACAACUGAUCCGUGUGGGGGAACAUGAGGCAGAGUUCGAAGACGGCACGGUUCUGAAGGACCUGGACGCCAUCUUGUUUGCGACAGGGUAUAUGCCUGGAUUGCAGUUUCUGUCGGACGAAGCAAAGGGAGGGACAGACAAGCAGUACCGGUACAAGAUGACCUUCCCCUUGACCUUGACCCACAACACCCUUGCCCUGAUCGGGUGUUUUGAGUCCGGGUCCACAGUUAUUGCGGUGACAGAGAUGCAAGUCAGAUGGGCGGCCAGGGUCUUCUCCGGGAGAUGCAAACUUCCGGGACAUGAAACAAUGAUGGUGGAUGUAGAUAGGUGGAACAAGUUUGUUAUAAGGAAGUAUAGACGCUACAAAUACAAGGUCCCAAAUCUGAAAAUCCGAGACGAGAUGGCCGCGGAACUGGGAGUGGCCCCUACCUGGUGGGACCUGGUCAAGGCCGGACCCCGACUGGCCUACCUGUACUACUAUGGCCCUGCCUUCCCCUAUUACUACCGACUGUGGGGCCCUCACGCCUGGUGUGGAGCAGAGAAGGCGAUCUACAAUGCACUGGGCCAUGGCUACAUACCCAAACCAGUGAUGAAACUGAAACCAGACGUUACACCGAGGUCGUUCGUUACACAGCAUUUAGCUUUGACUGGUGCUGCGGUUGCAGGUGCCCUGAUGCUGGGUUCCUACCAGUGGAAAGUUCUGCAAUGAUGGUCUAGCUGUGAUGACGAUUGAGAUCUGUAUGCUCCGAACUGUUGAUGGCAACUCGGACUCUGUAUAUACCUUGUUAUCCAUGGUCUGGAAGAAAACUGGACACAUUAUGCCUCUGGCAUCGAUCUAUGUCUUAAUUAAGGCAAUUUGUUUUCGAAUAUUCUUCUCUUUUUUUUGUUACUCAAUAUCUGUUUUGAGAAAGACAAGAGGUGGGGGUAUAUUUAUUACAUUUAUGGCACGGCAAGAGAACCCAUCUGAGUCUUCUGAUUAAUGUUUCGAUGAAAAUUCCGAUAGGUAUGUUGCAAAGAUAAUCCUCAUGGAAAUGUUGCAGUUGUUUUAUGAUAUUGGAGGAUAAUAUUAUGUAUAUGUGAUAUACCCUGAUGAAUAUGUUCCUUGAUUAUCCGGAGGGAUAUGUUUCCAUGAUAGUCCUGGUGGAUAUGUUUCCAUAGAGAUAUGUUUCACUGAUAAUCCUGAGGGAUAUGUUUCCAGGAUAAUCCUGAUGGAUAUGCUUCCAUAGAGAUAUGUUCCAUGGUAGUCCUGACGGAUAUGCUUCCAUAGAGAUAUUUUUCAAUGAUAAUCCUGAUGGAUAUGUUUACAGGAUAAUCCUGAGGGAUAUGUUCCCAGGAUAAUCCUGACGGAUAUGUUUCCAGGAUAAUCCUGAGGGAUAUGUUUCCAGGAUAGUCCUGAUGGAUAUGUUUCCGUAGGAAUCCAGAUGGAAAUGUUUUUCUAUGUCGAGGAAUGAAAUAAUACUGUACAAGACUCAUGUAAGUUAAAUAAGCUCUACUCAAUGCCUGAUAUUGAACAAUGAGUUCUAUUCUCUACGUAGAUACAGUGCGUGAAGCCCAUUUCUGGUGUUCCCCGACGCGAUAUUGCUGGAAAAUUGCUAAACGCGGUGUUAACCUACACUCACUCACUCAAUCACAUCCAAAAGUUCUAAAGCAAACAUUCGGUUGCAUCAACUUGUUUGAUAGGAUUAUAGGGUCGAUGGGGUAGCCUAGUGGUUAAAGCGUUGGCUCGUCACGCCGAAGACCCGGGUUCGAAUCCCCACAUGGGCACAAUGUGUGAAGCCCGUUUCUGGUGUCCCCCGCCGUGAUGUUGCUGGAAUAUUGCUAACAGCGGCGUAAAACCAAACUCAGUCAGUCAGUGAUAGGAUUAUAAGUACACGCACCGUGUUGAUGUUUAGAAAUUUCUUAUUUCUUUACUCUUAAUUCAAAUCGUUAUUACCAUUUGCUGUAAGUUUAAAAUACUAAUAUAGGUGAGCUACAACAUUGUUGACUUACAUUGCCAGAUACUGCACAAGUGUCGUUUGUCUUUCAUGAUAUUAUCAACACAUUGUACCAUAAAUAAAUCUGCCACUCUAUAGUUAUUCCUAUGAGUUAUUAAAUACAUUAUAAAAACGA